CACCUAGCGGCGAGGGAGGGAGGUGAGAGGCGACCAUCAACACUCAGUGACUCCUCUAAUAUAUUUUACCCUAGACACGUUCCUUGAAGCAGCAGAAUGCAGUGGACCAGACACCCGGUGGACCAGGUGACAAAUAUAUAUUCCACAAAGCUCCAGAUGUCUGCCCCCUAUCCUGUAGACCCAAAUAAAUCCAGUGGUGGUCUAGCUGGGUGGACCAUGCCAAAUGCACCACCUCCAAACACAGGCUACCCUACCCAGCCUGGCUAUGCUGCUCCUCCAAACUAUUCUUCUCAGCCAGCUACAGCAUUUCCACCCUAUCCACCUCCACCUUAUUCUACCCAGCCUGGGUUUGCUGGCCAGCCAGGUGCUUAUGACGACUUCCCUGGGAACGGUGAUACCUCUACUGAUAUUACACAGGCUCAGCCAGUUUAUGAUGCCAGCGGUGGCGGGUUCCCAAUCCAGGACGGUAAUCGGGGGGAUGCAGUACCCAAGGAAGAAGUGCUGCCAGAUCAGUUCGGUGGUUCGUUCUCUGACAAGGCCAUCCGACAUGCUUUUAUCAGGAAGGUGUACCUCAUCCUGAUGGUCCAGCUGUUGAUCACACUAUGUAUUGUGUCCCUUUUUACGUUUCACGCUGGAGUACGAACAUUUGUGCAGAAACACAUGUGGGUCUACUUCGUCUCAUAUGCUGUGUUUUUGGUGACCUACCUGUCUUUGGUUUGCUGUUCGGGUAUUCGUCGCCGUUGGCCCGGAAAUUUCAUCGUACUGGGAUUGUUCACACUUGCUCUGAGCUACAUGGCUGGGACCAUUGCUUCAACUUUUGAUACCAAAAUUGUUUUCAUGACUGUAGGAAUAACCUGCGUCAUCUGCUUCCUCAUUACCCUCUUUGCUACACAGACCAAGUAUGAUUUCACUGGUUGUGGGAUCUACCUGUUUGUGGCAACCAUGGUCAUGUUCCUCUUUGGGAUCAUUGCUAUCUUUACUUACAAUAAAAUCCUGGACACCGUCUAUGCUGGUGGAAUUGCUCUACUCUUCUCAAUGUACCUUGUGUACGAUACGCAGAUGGUGGUUGGUGGACGCAGGCACCAGAUAUCUCCCGAGGAGCACAUCUAUAGUGUGCUGACGCUCUACUCGGACAUAGUUUACAUCUUCAUGAAUCUUCUUUCAGUCUUUGGGUCCAAUGAUUAAAUGGCACUCUUGCCUUUCCUCAGUUCUUGUUGGAGUAAUAUAUCUUUGUGAAGAGUGGGAUUGAACAGUCCCAGAUUAAGAUAGAAAGUUACAUGCAUGUUAUUAUAGAGAUCAGUACAGUAAUAUAAAGAAUUAUAAUGCCAGCCCUAAGAGAGAUGGUCAUGAAUCAUAGUCUCAAAGCUGUAGGAUCUUUACUAGAAGGGUUAUCACAUACAGUAUAGAUGGUCCAUCUUAAUACAGGACUCGCAUUAUCUAAUGGUUGUCUUUGCUCAUGCUCUUUGAACCUUGUUCAGUUUGUUUUAUUCAGUUGUCAAUAUAGAAAUAACACAGGCUGUAGGCUGUUUAAUCCCCUCACACUUUCCUAAAAAUUGUGAGACUGAUAUGAUGUACAUAUCCUCUUGUGCUUCAUUCAUCCACUUGUAUGUUAAUUGCUAUAGUACAUAGUUGACACCAUGAAGAUAUGAAAUAAGUCUGAUCAUUCAAAAUGCCAGUUUUUAAUCUGACAGCCGUUUGCCUUAUUUUUUUUUUUACGAGAUUUUGUAGUCGUGUAUCUUUUGGAAAUGCAUUUUCCAUAUUGAAAUUUUAUUGGUGUUUAUUUUAGUACCAGUAAACAGCUGCUCAUAUUUCAUAUAAUUAACCCAGCACAGCAACUAUAUAUGGAAUGUUCUCACUAUUAUUAGAUAGGGGAGCCAUUUCAUGAUUGAUUGUUUCCAAAAUCAAUAUUCAUACAUACAUACAUAUAUAUAAAUUUUUGAGUAUUUAUUGAAGGUGAUGUGUAAUUAUAGUCUGUUUGAAAGAUGAAUUUUUUGGAAAGAUCCCCUGAAAAUUAAAAGCAAAUUUGAACCAGGUGUACUGUAGGUACAGUGCAUUAAUCUAUAGAUAAAUUUCAGAGUACUGUCCUUCAGUAUUGGAUAUUAAAUACACAUCUAAAGUUUGACAUUUAGAUAACCUUAAAUUAUUCAAUACUGUGCAAACUAUUACCUGGCUAAUUUUCUGUAAACCUCCAGAUCAGAUUUAAAGGUAUAAGAAAAUUAUGAUUUUUAUAUAUAUGGUGGGGGUAAAAAAACUACUUAAAUUAUGCCUUAGUUUCAUACUAUACUGUACUGAAUUUAGAAAAAAUGUCCUUUUACAAACAGGCUUCCUAAAAACCUAUGUUAGCUGUCAUCUUCAAGUUCCUUGAGGCAUUAACUUGAUAUCUUAAAAAAACACGAGUAAGAAUCUUCAGUCAUCACUGUUAAGAUGCUUGUCCAAAUGCUGUACUGUUCAUUGAUGCCUUUAUUUAAAUCUGAAACUCAAUAUUUAGUAUGGCAUUGUAGAUGAUUAAAACUUAAUUAUUUUUAAUUAUGCAGAUUAUUCUUCACUCUAAAGGGAUUUUCUUUAAAAUGCAUGGAUACUUCAUUAAAAUCAAAUACUGACUUUGCUUAAAUUAUUUCACUUAAGGUUGGUACUGUAUGCUUAUAUUGCCUUAUUAACAUGAGUUGAGUCACAGUUGUAGGCAGAGUGAUAUGACCUAAAUAGACCUCAAUUUUUUCUUUUUAAUCUCAUUGAAGUUGUGCUAAGAUUGUACAAGAUAAUAGUAAUUAUAAAAUUAGGUUGAAUUAGAAAAUUUAUUCCAAGUUGAUUAAGUUUACUUUUAUAUCCCCUGUCUUUUGAUUUGAAUUUAACCCACAUACUGUACUAUUGUAUUAAGGAGCUGUGCUCAUGAACUUGAAAAGUUAUCACCAUGGUGUUGGUUAUAUUUGCUGCUGUUCUGACAGCUCUUGCUCUGCAGGAUAACAAGUUCAUCAGCAGUCUCAUAUACAGUAGAGAGAUAAUGUGUUACUUCAUGUCUAGUGAAGUCAUUGGUAGCUUCAUGAUUAUGUGCAGUUAGAUGUGUAUUUCCUUAUAUGUCUGCAACUCCUGCAUAAAAUAAUUGGAUUGAUGUAUAUUUUAAUAUGGAGAUACAAAAUUACAUUUAAUGAACUCUACGUACUUUGUACAUCAACUAGGGAAAAUAUUACUCUUUCAUAGUCAUUUUUCAUUAUUAUUAAAAAGUGAUGCAUGAGUUUGCUUUUGUGUUGUGAAUAAAGGACAGUAUUUUAAGAGUUGGCUGCAUUGGUUAAUUCAUUUAAUGUGACAGUAUUAACAUAUUUAUUUGAUGGGAAUUUUUGUGGUGUCUGGCUUUGAGAGAUCCUCUGCGCAUACUGUAGGGAUCACUAACUUUGAGCAUAUGUGCAGUAUAAGGAACUACAGAAAUACAAGUACAGUACUUUAUAUAAUCUGAACCUUUAAGUUAAUAAUAUUGAAAUUUCUCCUGCUAGAUUUUUAUGUACAGUACAUGUAUUUAGAAUCAUUGUUUUCUUUCAUUGAGCUUAUCUUAAAACAUAACUAACCAUUAUUAAACUGUGCCCUUGGCAAAAUAUUAGUGUAAAAGUACAUUUUCUAAUUCUAACUAAUAUUUUUAAGUUUACCAUAAAAAUAUAUUAAGAUGUACUUUUUAUUUUGUUUCAUACAACUGUAGUUGUUUAGAUACAAAGGCUCUGUGUAUUCACAUCAUCAUCAUUAUUGAUGGGAUUACAGUAAAUAAUAUAUUAACUGUAGCCAUAUAUUUGAAUGACACUAAAAUAACCAAACUUUAGUUACAGUAUUUAAGUCAUGUAUUGAUAUAAAUUAGACAUCAAAGUGAACAUUGACAAACAAUUUCAUGACUAAUAAAAAAAAGGGCACUGUACUGUAUACAGUAUAUAUAAUUUUGGCAACAGCGUUAAUACGUGUAUUGGUAAGUCAAUAUUUAUUGGACUUAAAUCUCAUUAACUGAAGAUCAGUUUGUUGAGUGUUCGUGUCACUACACUGUACUGUACUGUAGUUGUGUAUGGUUAAAUGAUUUUUGUAAGGUUGCAAGGUUUAGGAAUUGUAUGGUUCACCCCAAGAAUUAAACAGUUAAUUCAUGGGUCAUUUCUUUACAUGGUUCUAAUUGGUCCUUGUUAUUGAUGAAGGUUGAGACUCUAGGACCAGGGUGGCUGAAUGGUGAUGUAGACUACUGUACUGUACUGUACAGCUACUGAGAAAUGGUUAUCCACACCCCGAGUCCUUCAUUUAGGUAACCACUUGUCUUGUCCUAUGGGAGGCUGUACACCACUGCAUUUGAUGGAUACAAUUUUGCCAUAUGUUAAGUAGCCUUAAUGAAACUAAACCAAGUAUGUUUGAUUAAAAUGCACAUUGUUAAGAAUAGUUGAAACGGUAUUGCUUUGAGGGAAUCUAAACUAUAGUAGGUAUCAUUAUCCUUGAGAUGGUUUCAUAUCCAUUUGUCAUUAGUAUUCUUUACACAGGUAUCAAAAUGAGCAUUUUUGUCAUAUUCUGCUUAGCUGAGUAUAAUUAACAUAGUUUUAUAUGUGUAUAGAAUGGAAUAUAUAUAUAUAUAUAUAUAUAUAUAUAUAUAUAUAUAUAUAUAUAUAUAUAUAUAUAUAUAUAUAUAUAUAUAUAUAUAUAUAUAUAUAUAUAUAUAUAUAUAUAUAUAUAUAUAUAAUAAUGGAAUUUAUAGUGUAUUUAUUCUUAUUGGUGUUCACGGUCCAUAACAUGGCCAUUGUGAAGGUAUUCACUAUGUAACUGUAUUUAGUAUUUUCAUUGAUAUAAUAAUUUUGAAUGUUACAAAUGAAUUAGGACACAUGUUGUGCAUUUACUUAUGGAAUCUCUUACUUUUCAGAGGAUUAGAUACGUAUUGUGUGUGGUAUUGAAUGAACAUUACUGGCCAUUGACAAUUCAGUAUUUUAAUUUUUCACUGUCCUCCUGCAGUAACGACUUACACCAUAUUAUGCAGUCAGUGGAAUUUUGCAGAUGGCUACAUUAUACUGGAAUUUGUUGCUUUGUUGAAUAAUUCUGUAGAUGCACCCACAAAGGAUUUACCCAAAAUGUAAGUAAAAGUUCUGUAACAUUGAAAAGAUAUUUAUUAAUUUCAUUAUAAAGAGAUUGGAUUGGUGAUUUAAUUUUUUAAUUCGAUACAAUAUCUUAAAUUACAGUACUUGCAGAGUAUACUGUUUAAUUCAGCGUAUUAUUUAUCUCCCAUAUGCUACACAGUAUGAAAACAUUGUACAUCUUAGUAAAUCUGGCCUGGCAGUGUACCUAAAGUAAAUGUUUGUGAUAAUCCAUAAUAAAAGUUUUUAAAUCAUAA